CGGUUUGCGUUCUGUUGUGAUCCAUCCAUCCGUGCUUUUGUAGAUUCGUGCAUUGUUACUGUGCAUCUAUUCAAGCAUGAUUGUCUCUGUGUGGGCGAAAGAGACCAGCCAUGCAAUACUCCUAGUUUUGAUUGGGUCUUGCUCGAACCAAUAACUGGCUGACCAGUCAUCGAGAUGAAUUAACUGGAAUAUGCAAUAGCUACAAUUCAAUGUUUAUAGAGGGUUUAACAGCAGCAUUUCAUCUGCUUCCUAAACAAAGAUGGCUGGUCGAUUGUAUUCAAUGUUGCCAAUGCUAUUUCAUUGUAAAGACCAAUACUUACUAAUUGAUGACUUUGUUUAAAUGCUUGAUUCUUCUGGAUUGCUUAACCCUGUAACUAUAAUACUGGACUUUUGAUUAAACAGCAAUGGGCGCCUACAAGUACUUGGAGGAGCUUUACAAGAAGAAGCAGUCGGAUGUUCUCCGUUUUUUGCUCCGUGUUCGCUGCUGGGAAUACCGUCAGUUGAAUGUGAUCCACCGUGCAUCCCGUCCAUCCCGUCCCGACAAGGCUCGUCGUCUUGGAUACAAGGCUAAGCAAGGAUACGUCAUUUACCGUGUCCGUGUUCGCCGUGGUAACCGUAAGCGACAAGUCGCCAAGGGUGCAACCUUUGGUAAGCCCGCAUCCCAGGGUGUGUCCCAACUCAAGUUCCAGCGCUCCCACAAGUCUGUCGGUGAAGAGCGUGUAGGUCGUCGUUGCCCUAACUUGCGUGUUCUCAACUCGUACUGGGUCAACCAGGAUGCUACCUACAAGUUCUACGAGGUUAUCCUUGUCGAUCCCCAGCACAAGGCUAUUCGUCGCGAUCCUCGCAUUAACUGGAUUGCAAAGCCUGUUCACAAGCACCGCGAGGCUCGUGGUCUUACUGCUAUUGGCAAGAAGAACCGUGGUAUUGGAAAGGGACAUCGCUUCAACAAGACCCAGGGUGGUGGCAGAUAUGCCAACUGGCUUCGUCGCAACACUCUUUCUCUCAAGAGAUACCGUUAAACGUUAUAUGGCUGAUCAUUUUCAGGAGAAGCCGCAGUAUGCUGGAUUGGAAAAUCUCUGGGUCGAGUUGUCGUGCAUGUGUUUUGACUUCUUUGCUUGGUAUCUGUAUUCGAUUCUCACUUUCAAUACACUUGUGGCUUGUCGUUUUUUCGAUUGCCAUUCAAUUU